GAAACUGAACAAUCAAAGCCAGAAGGAAGAAAAGAUGAACGUAGAUGAAGAGGUCGGGCGACUCAAGGAAGAGAUCCAAAGACUCGGCAAGAUCCAACCUGAUGGUUCUUACAAGGUAAUACCAUUCUCAUUCUAUCGAAAUCAUCGACAAUUUUCAUUCCAUUUCAAUCUGGAUCUAUCUUGUUACAUAAAUGUUAAUGUUGGAUCUGAGAUCUUCCAUCAAUCUUCAUUCAUGUCUAUGAGAUUGAUGAGAUCUAACUUAAAAAUCUCUUCUUGAAAUGUUCCCAUAAGCUAAAUCAAAGCAGAAAACUCAACAUAUGUAAGAUAUGUACCCGUUACACUGUAGGUUUGUUUCCUUCUUAUGAGAUCUGACACAGCUGAAAGUUCUACAAUAGCAUAAAUGUCAAUUACCUGCUCUGCAAGAACCUCCUUGACUGUGGGCUGUGGGCAGCAGCUUGUGAUUUAUCCAACAUUCUUUCCCAGGAUGCUCUCAGUUUACAAGCAUGAAAGAGAGUGUUAUGCAUCAAAAGAGUUUCAAACCAACACAUCCAUCUUUGAAUCCAAGAUAUAUUAUCUAAAUAUUAUUUUCAUUGUCUACACCUGAAUUUGCAUACCUGUCUCAUCAUUUGUCAUUCACAAAUUUUGGGUGUUCUUUCCUAACCCGCUAAAGGAUAUGGGGCAGCUCCAUUUUGCUUUUGCUUUCAAUUCUGUUUUGAUGACACCUUUUUCGAUUUCUUAUUUCGUGUAUCUACUUUAUGUUGAGCGAGAUAUAUUCACAUGACUUGACUUUGCAUUAGACAAUUAGAUAAAUUCUGAUAUGUGUUCCCUGUUUCUUGUUGAGUGAUGAGUUUCCUUCCGUAAGAUUUGCAUUGUUUCCUGUUUUGAAGGUGACAUUUGGGGUGCUGUUUAAUGAUGAUAAGUGUGCAAACAUCUUUGAAGCGCUGGUUGGGACGUUAAGAGCAGCAAAGAAACGUAAAAUUGUUACGUAUGAGGGCGAGCUACUGCUACAAGGUGUCCAUGAUAAUGUGGAAAUUACACUCAACCCAACACCAUCACCACCAGCUGCAACUACAUAGUACCUAGACUGUGUUUCUGAUUCCAUGAAAGUUUGAUAUUGCAAAGACCAUGUUAUGUUGUUAAUGAUGCCAUUCAAUCUUUGUUGUUUGUAACUUUACCUUUGAACCCUGUUUGCUUCCGAAAAGCUUGUCAGUAAAAUACAUAAUGGUUGGCUAA